UCCAUAACAGUCCGUGAGAAUGGCUACAAUCCAUAUCAUCUGAAAAUGCGAGUGUUGGGUUUAUAGAAGGGAUGGUUCCAUCACGCCUAUAUAGACUGUGAGUCAGUGAAAAAAAAAAAAAAACCACCACCACCGUGGGCCGUAUCACGGAAGCCACUGACAUGGAAAAGAUACAAAGGUUGGUUCAUCCUGUUUUCAAAAAGAAGCGCCAUAGAACCGACAACUCAGGCUUCACGGGAGACCAGGCCGGGGCGGAUUUAGCAACUAGUCAACAGGGGAACGAACUACAACCUACCAUGAGAACGGGAGACAUCGACAUAGCGCCAAUGAACUUCACGCCCCAGAGCCAGGGCCGAGACGCAACACUUGCCUUUAUGAACUCGGGCUAUGCAGAUCACCUAAUACAGCUUCUAGACGACCAGGAUCGCGCCGAAAGACUCCUACACGAAGGGCCACAGACUAAAGGCACGCAGGAAGUCCAGCACAUCCUCCGCGAGCCGACCUUGGGAUCUCUUGAAAAGUUCAACGAUAUUCGCCGACAAGCUGAAAUCAACAAAAAAUACGGCUUCCCCGGGGAAGUAGUGUUCAACUUCAGUAGAACCGUGGGUUGGAACAAGUCUAAAGCCGCUGCAAGUACUCCUCUCCAGCUCAGGGGCCACCGCAAUGUCAGGAAGAGAGGGUGUAAGUACGUUCCCCGUACACCCCAUACCCCUAUCGACUGGCUUGACCUCGGGAGGUCUACAACCCCUGCAAGUAACAACGGCCAGCCCCUGACUCCCGAGAUAGAGCCACCAUUUAAUCCCUGGAGCUCUCACAACAGGUCACUAGACCUCGACUUAUACGAGGCAUCGUGGGUGGAGGAGGAAGCAAGAAUCAUGGCAAUCACCAAGUUGCCACUUAGAACGGUCCGCAUGAUCCACACAAUCCCUCCCGAAAGGGGUAAUUGACAUCCU